AUUUUCGUUUUCAUGUGAGGGAGAGCGCCAUUAGAAAACAUUUGAAAUUUGCAGACAUGGUGGCUUCUCUGGAACCAUGCCUUCUUAUUCAUCACCCUCCCAAAUCACAAGCCAUAUCAUCUCCUUCUUCGUCUUCGUCUUCGCUUCCCCUGUUCUAUCUCCUUCUUCUUCUUCUUCUUCUUCUUCUUCUAGGAAGAAUCAAUCAUAUAGUAGAAGAAGUUAGGUAUGACUGUCAAAGUAAACUCAGUGAGUGUUACUCGCUUCGGGAAGAAGAGGACAGCCGACGCAAUAGUCGGACAUGAUUCUCAUCUGCAGUCCCCCGCCAAGAAGAGAGCCCCUCUCGAUGGGAUUUCCAAUUUAAUUAGUACUCAUACGGCGGCUGUACGUGAAAUUGAAACAGCAGCAGCAACAGCAGCAGCAGCGAAGUUUGAUGAUUCUGAGAUGUGCGAUGGUUACGUGACCGAUAUCUACGGUUAUCUUCAUAACAUGGAGAAAGAGGCAAAGAGAAGGCCGCUGCAAGACUAUAUCGACAAGGUGCAAAAAGAUGUGACAGCAAACAUGAGAGGGGUCUUGGUGGAUUGGUUGGUGGAGGUUGCAGAAGAAUACAAUCUUCAAUCCGAUACCCUUUAUCUCUCAAUCACUUACAUUGACAGAUUCUUGUCUCUUAAUCCUCUCAAUAAGCAGAGCCUGCAGUUGCUUGGCGUUUCUUCCAUGUCGAUUGCCUCAAAGUUUGAAGAGAUUAAUCCUCCAACACUUGAUGACUUCUGCUACAUCACAGAUAACACUUACAAAAAGGAAGAGCUGGUCAAGAUGGAAGCCGACAUACUUAACUCUCUUAAAUUCGAAGUCAGCAGUCCAACCAUUAAUACCUUCUUGAGAAGAUUCUCCAGGAUUUCUCAACAGGAUCGAAAAUAUCCCGAUUUGGAGUUUCAGUUAUUGGGAUGCUACUUGGCAGAGUUGAGUUUGCUGGACUAUGCCUGUGUCAAGUUCCUGCCAUCCGUGAUUGCUUCUUCUGUCGUAUUCCUUUCCAGGUUUAUGUUCCACCCUGAUAAACAUCCAUGGAAUGCAAACCUUGAAAAGCUUUCAGGAUACAAACCUGCUGAUUUAAAGGAAUGUGUCCUUCUUAUACAAGACUUGCAGUUGGGUAAAAGAGGAGGCUCCUUGGUAGCAGUCAGAGACAAAUACAACCAGCAUAAGUACAAAUGUGUUGGCUCGAUGAAGGGCCCUCUUCAAAUACCCAGUUUAUACUUUGAAGGUUGAAGAAUGUUUGAUUACGUUUAAACUAGGAUGAAUAUGUUUAGGAUGAUAGGUUAGAAAGUGCAGAAACAGUUUGCAAUUGAAUUGAAGAAGCCAUUGAUUGAGAUCUUUAUUUUGAUGAACACUUCUUCAAAUACCCAGUUUAUACUUUGAAGGCUUGAAGAAUGUUUGAUUCUUGUCUUCCCCAAAUUGGAUCCUAUAUAUCCAGUUUCAAGCUGACCUGAAUGACCCAUGAUCAAGGAAAUUUUUGGGCGUUAAAUUGGUGUAUUGUUCAGAAAAUCCAGAAUUUUGUAA